GGGCAGGGUAUCGCACCGGUCCCCAGCAGGGUCUGGCCCACCGAGGGCCCUCAGUGACUAGAAACAAUGCAACUAGAGAGGAGUUUCAGUUCCAGCUAUCGGCCAAUUUCUUUCACGUAUGAUGUUAAGCGAGAUGUGUACAAUGAGGAGACCUUUCAACAGGAACACAGAAGGAAGACUUCUUCCUCAGGGAACCUGGACAUCGACAUUACCACCUUCAGACACCACGUCCAGUGCCGCUGCUCAUGGCACAAGUUCACGAGAUGCAUGCUUGUGGUCUUUCCCUUCCUAGAGUGGAUAUGUUUUUAUCGACUCAAGGAUUGGCUGCUUGGAGAUUUGCUUGCUGGUAUAAGUGUUGGCCUGGUGCAGGUUCCUCAAGGCCUGACGUUUAGUUUGCUGGCAAGGCAGCUGAUUCCUCCUCUCAAUAUCGCUUAUGCAGCUUUUUGUUCUUCGACGGUUUAUGCAAUUCUUGGAUCAUGCCAUCAAAUGUCUAUUGGUUUCUUCUUCUUUGUGAGUUCUCUGAUGAUCAAUGUCCUGAAGGUGAGCCCUUUCAACAGUGGCCACCUGGUGUUGGGAACUUUCAUCAAGGAAGACUUUUCUGAUCCCUACUUCUUUAUGGCCUAUAACAGAUCCUUGAAUGUGGUGGCGUCCACAACUUUUCUGGCUGGGAUUAUUCAGCUGUCAAUGGGCAUGUUAGGUUUUGGCUUCAUUGCCACUUACCUCCCGGAUUCUGUCAUCAAUGCUUACCUGGCUGCCACAGCGCUCCACAUCAUGCUGUCCCAGCUGACGUGCAUCUUCGGCAUCAUGAUUAGUUUCCAUGCUGGCCCAAUCGCCUUCUUUUACAACAUAAUCAACUACUGUAUAGCUCUACCAAAAGCUAACUCCACCAGCAUCCUGCUGUUUCUCACUGUGAUGGUCAUUCUGAGAAUCAACAAAUGCAUCAAAAUUUCCUUUAAUCGAUAUCCCAUCGAGUUUCCCAUGGAAUUCCUACUGAUCAUUGGCUUCACGGUAGUUGCAAACAAGCUCAGCAUGGCUACAGAAUCCAGCAAGGUGCUCAUUGAGAUGAUUCCAUAUAGCUUCCUGUUUCCUGGAAUACCAGAUAUGGACCUUCUUUCCAAGAUUAUUUUCCAAGCCAUCUCUUUAGCUUUAGUGAGUUCCUCUCUGCUCAUAUUUUUGGGCAAGAAGUUUGCUACUGCUCACAAGUACAAGGUCAAUUCCAAUCAGGAUUUAAUAGCCAUCGGCCUGUGCAAUGUCAUCAGUUCAUUUUUCAGAUGUUGUAUAUUUACUGGUUCUGUUGUCAGGACUGUUAUCCAAGACAAAUCUGGAGGAAGACAACAGUGUGCAUCUCUGGUAGGCGCAGGUGUGAUGCUGCUGCUGAUGGUGAAGGUGGGACACUUCUUCCAGAGUAUACCGAACGCUGUGUUGGCUGGUAUUAUUCUAAGCAACGUGAUACCCUACCUUGAAACCAUUUCCAACCUCCCCGCUCUGUGGAGGCAGGACCAGUAUGACUGUAUCAUCUGGAUCAUGACAUUCAUAUCUGCACUUUUUCUGGGAUUGGAUGUUGGACUAGUUGUUUCAGUAACUUUUGCCUUCUUCAUCAUCACCGUCCAGUCACACAGAGCUAAGAUUUACCUCCUGGGGCAGAUCCCCAACACCAACAUUUAUAGGGCCAUCAAUGACUACCGGGAGAUAACAAACAUCCCUGGGGUAAAAAUCUUCCAGUGCUGCAACUCCAUUACGUUUGUCAACAUUUACCAGCUGAAGCGCAAGCUGUUAAAAGAGAUGGACAUGAUAAAGGUGUGUCUUACAGAAGAAGAUGUCUAUGGCCUGUUUGGUCAGAGUAGCCACCACACGCAUGUCAACAGAGACCUAGAAAGAGGUUGUAAGUUUUUCUGCAACUGUGACGAGCCGGAUCCACCUCCCAGGGUUAUCUACACGGAGCAAUUUGAGCCCCAAUCCAUCCAUUCUUCCUCCUCUAUCAACCUGAUCCGCUGCUCACGCUUAGAGAGCGUCACCAGCCAGGCUACCACAUCCGAUGAGCAAGUACCAUACACAGUAUCGUCCGUAUCUCAGAGAAACCAGGGGCAAAACCUGGAGGAGGUGGAGAAAGUCUGGGUUCCCAAUAACCCCUCAAGAAUAAGCGCAGGAGCCUCACCUGAAGGAGCUGAAAGUCAAAUGAGAAGUAGAUCAUACUUACCCUAUUCCGAUGUUUCUCUUCUGCCCGCCAUCCACACCAUCAUCCUGGAUUUCUCUAUGGUCCAUUUUGUGGAUCCUCAGGCUUCAGUCAUCUUAAGGCAGAUGUGCAAUGCUUUCCAGAACGCCAACGUCAUGGUGCUCUUGGCAGGGUGUCACUCUUCUGUGGUCAGGACAUUUGAGAGGAAUGAUUUCUUUGAUGCUGGUAUCACCAAGGCCCAGCUGUUCCUGACCCUCCACGACGCUGUGCUGUUUGCCUUAAGAAGGAGGCUGCUAGACUCGGAGUUAAGCGUGGAUGAAUCUGAGACAGUGAUACAGGAGACCCACUCAGAAAAGAAUGAAGAUCCCAGGUAUCAACCAUACAACAGUAAUCUAGAAAUCCAAAAAAGUACAAAUCUAAACUACAGACCUGUGGUCCUAAAGCCAGAAAUGGAAGACUCGGAGCUGGAGAUGGAGCCAAUGCUGGAGUCAGAACAAGAGAAUGAGCUAUAUUUGGACCUAGACCUGGCCAGGGUGCUGGAGCAGGAAUCAGAGGUGGAACCUGAAAUGGAGCCUGAGACUGAGCUGGAGCCAGAGGCAGAUACAGAAACCGACCCUGAGCCCGAGCUCAAACCCAGGUCUAAGACUCUUCUCCAGUCUCCACCGUACCAUCGGCCUUCAUAUAAGACUGUGGCCACACGCUCAAUAGACAAUAGGCAUCCACACAAGGAUUUUCUAUUAUCCAAAAGCAGUAAUACUGAAGGUCCCUGGGAGGAAGACUGGAUGUAAUGGGGCAGAUUUUCCCUUGGCAAAUUCUCCAUUCCCAAAGAGGGAUUGCUUGGUCAGAAGACCUUGACUUGAUACCAAUUUGUAGUACUUGCCUUGUGACUCCUCCAUCCACUGGCUUUCUGUCACCAUCAGGAUCACAUGCUCUCAGAGCACAAUACUAAUUGGCAAGAAUUAUCUCUGGACUCACAAUCCAGGCUGACUCCAUUGAACCUUUACAAGAUGUUCUAAGUGAAGGUGUUCCUUCUUCACCCCCACCCCAUACCGCUGGGCGUUUUGCAAGACCAUCUUUAACUUACUUCUGUCUCCCUGUCUCCCAAGAGAUGAGACUCAAAUAAAAUAUAUGACUCUAGUUACAUUUGGGAAGACUUUG